AUUUUCUUCUUUUUUAUUCAUAUAUUCAUUCGCCAUGUCGGUACUUAGUGGUAAUACCAAUAUUAUUGUAGAACAACCUCGUGAAGUGCAACAUUUGUUGUCUCUAAAGGUUAUGAGACAGUCAAGUCCUUCAACCAGUAAAGGGACUGAGAAGAAGUCACAAGCAGAGUCUUUGGACCCUACUGUUUCGAAAUCGGCGUCGAGAAUUCACAUGCGUGAUCUUAGUGAGAACGAACUAUCAUCUUUGCCUUCAAUGAAUACUAACGCGAUUGAAAAUAUUUAUUUAGGUGCUACUUUUGACAGUUAUCUUAUUGUAAAUAACGAUUCAGCUCGGAUAGCACGUGAUAUCAGCAUUAGAGCAGAACUCCAAACGGAAAAGCAACGGUUGCAAUUGGCAGACACUACUUCCAAUUCAGUUCCAACCAUUGAACCACAUAAAGCAUAUGAAUUUGUAAUAAAACACGAGAUCAAGGAAUUAGGCAUACACAAUUUAGUAUGUAUGGUUCAAUAUACAACAGAUGAAGGGGUAAAAAGAUACCUUAAAAAGUUUUAUAGGUUUCAAGUUUUGAAUCCUUUCGCAGUAAAAACUAAAGUUAAUAAUAUGGCAGAUGGAACUGUGUUUUUGGAAGUUCAAAUUCAAAACGUAGCAGAGAGAUUAAUGUACCUGGAGAGGAUGAAUUUUGAACCUGGUGAAGUUUUUAAUUAUAAAGAUUUGAAUUUUGUGGUUUUCAAUGAUGAAAUAAAUGACAAAGAACUUAAAAAAGUUAACGAAAGUAUUAAUGAAAAUAUUAAUGAGAAAAUCGAUUUAGUUAAUAAAGAAUCUAAUAUUGAAAGUAAGGAAGAAAAUGAAAAUUUGAACAUAGCAAACGAACAAGCAAACUUAGAAAAUGAUAACAAAGAGGACGAAAAAAACUCUGAAUCAAAAAUUGUCAAAUUAUCAAAAGUAAAAAUAGACCAAGAGAGUAUUUUUGGAAAGAAUAGUUAUUUAAACCCACAAGAUAUUCGUCAAUAUUUGUAUAUGUUAACGCCAAAACCUGAGAUAGAUAAUAAACUUGCACGGACAACAAACGCUCUUGGAAAACUUGAAAUUGUUUGGCGUUCAAACUAUGGUGAAACAGGACGUUUACAGACUAGUCAAUUGAUACGUAAACCUCCAAUACUGGAUGAGAUUGAGUUUUCCGUAACAUCCAUUCCAACUUUAAUAGAACUUGAAGUUCCAUUUAAAUUAGGAUGUCGCAUAAGGAAUCGAACGACGACUACAUUAAAAAUUACGAUAAUAGCGGUUAAAAGUAAAAUGGGAUCUGUAUUACUAAGUGGCCCUUCUACAAAUUAUUUGGGUGAAUUAGCAUCAGACGCUUUCGUUGAAUUUAGCUUGGAAUUUUUUCCAUUAAGUCCUGGAUUGCAGAAAGUUGGUGGUUUAAAGGUGGUAGAUAAAAUUUCUGGUUAUACAAAAGAAAUCGAUCACCUGACGGACAUUUUUGUUUUAUUUUCAAAAUAGAAAAUUUCAAUAUUUUGAUUUUAACAUUAUAAC